CAGCUGCUGGGUGCGAGAAGGCGGCGCGGCGGCGGGUCCGGAGAUGUCUUGGCGCCCGGGCGUCUCGGCGGAGUUUCUCUUCUAGCAUCAGGUGUGCGCGUCUAGGUCAGCAGCCAUGGGCUCUGUUGGAGCGGAUCGCUUCAAGGAUCUCAGCCCUGUGGUGACCCCUGAGGGGAAUGUGGUGAUGAGCUUCAGCUUCGACAGCUACCAGUUGGAGGAGGAGGAGCUCCAGGCAAAGGGGAACCAGGCAAAGGGGGUCCUUACCUUCAUGGAGCCAGCCUCUGAGGACCCUGAGCCGCAGGACCAAUACCAUGGGAUUUACUUUGCCAUGCUGCUGGCAGGAGUGGGCUUCCUCCUGCCCUAUAACAGCUUUAUCACUGACGUGGACUACCUGCAUCAUAAAUACCCAGGAACAUCCAUCGUGUUUGACAUGAGCCUCACCUACAUCCUGGUAGCCUUGGUUGCAGUCAUCCUGAACAACGCCCUGGUGGAGAUGCUGAGUCUGCACACCCGGAUCUCCGUGGGGUACCUGUUCGCCCUGGGUCCCCUUCUCUUCGUCAGCAUAUGCGACGUCUGGCUGGAGCUCUUCACCCGCCGGCAGGCAUAUGCCAUUAACCUCAUCGCAGUCGGGGUGGUGGCCUUCGGCUGCACAGUGCAGCAAUCCAGUUUCUAUGGCUACACCGGGAUGUUGCCCAAGCGCUACACUCAGGGGGUGAUGACUGGUGAGAGCACUGCUGGGGUCAUCAUCUCCCUGAGCCGCAUCUUCACCAAGCUCCUGCUGUCGGAUGAAAAGGAGAACACCAUCAUCUUCUUCUUCAUCUCCAUCGGCAUGGAGCUCAUGUGCUUCAUCCUCCACUUGCUGGUGAAGCGCACACACUUUGUCAGGUACUACACAGCCUGCUCCCGAGAGCGGGGCCCUGAUGGCAAAGGGGUGCCGGACCGGGGGACUGGAUACAGGGUGCACCACGAUGUCACUACAGAGGACGUCCGAUUUGAGAACCGGCCUCGUGGGCUGGCCGGCUCCCCGACAGGCAGCCUGGGGCACGAAACCGAGCUGGCCGGCAGUGGGACCUACAUGAGGUUUGAUGUCCCACGACCAAAAAUCAAAAGGACCUGGCCCAGCUUCAGAGACAUGAUGCUCCACCGCUACGUCGUGUUCAGGGUGAUCUGGGCCUACAUGCUCUCCAUAGCCAUGACCUACUUCAUCACUCUGUGCCUCUUUCCUGGGUUGGAGUCGGAGAUCCGCAACUGCACUCUUGGGGAGUGGCUCCCCAUCUUAAUCAUGGCUAUCUUCAACCUCUCCGACUUCGUAGGCAAGAUCCUGGCUGCCCUGCCCUAUGACUGGAGAGGGACCCACCUCCUCAUCUACUCCUGCCUCAGAGUGAUUUUCAUCCCUCUCUUCAUCAUGUGUGUGUACCCUAACGGGAAGCCGGCUUUUGGGCACCCUGCAUGGCCCUGCAUCUUCUCCCUCCUCAUGGGCAUCACCAAUGGGUACUUUGGCAGCGUCCCCAUGAUCCUUGCUGCUGGCAAAGUGGGCCCCGAACAGCGAGAACUGGCAGGUAACACCAUGACAGUGUCCUACAUGACCGGCUUGACUCUGGGCUCUGCGGUUGCCUACUUUGCCUAUACCCUCACCAGCACGUCUCGCAGUUCCUGCUUCCACACCCAAACCUACAACAGCUCUUUCACGGCAGGGUACUGAGCGGGCAACGUGGCGGGGGCCGCACGAGCUCUGUGACUGGUGGGUUUAUGGGCGUGAGAGCAAAGGGAGCAGCAGAUUCUUGGCCUGGGAAGGAGAGAGGAAUGGGGAUGAACUGCCUUGCAUCUAAUCAGUCAGUUUCCGCCCUGCCCUUCCCACUCGAAAUGGGAUCCCUGAAGCACUUAACGCCCUGAGAUGGAGUGACCUGCAGGUGUCUGAGAUGGUGAUGGGCUCCUGUUAAGCAGAACCCAAUGCACAUCUGCACCAGGUUCAAGGAAGGGAAGGGAAAACACCAAACCUGGAAAGCAGCCCCUCAAGCCAGGAGUGAAGUUGGCCUCCAAAGCAGUGCAGAAGGGUUUGGGGGGGCCAUGCAGAUCCCAACAUUUAGUGCCUGCCCCUGGCUGUGCUGAAGCAAGCACUGUCUAGGCCUAGCUCCAUCUCCAUCAGCGGCACCCUGCCCUGGUCUCAGGGGGCACGGGAUAGCAGGUCAGAACUUCACAGAGCCAGCAGGUGGGCACUAGAGGGGAGUGGGCUAGCAUGUGCCUGGUGUAACCCCACUCAACACUGUGGCAUUAAACCAGGGAUAAGGUUGGUCCUACACAGUGGCAUGUCCAUCUUCAGGUUACUUUCACUCAUGGUGGCCCGCUUGGGCUUGGGCAGGCUUUGCACUGGUGGUACCUGGAGAAUGUGUACACGGCCAACCG